GGCGGAUGCGCGCAUACACACUUUCUCUCACACACACACACAUACGCGUACACACACACAUACUCACACACCCUUCCUGGAGGUGCUGGGAGCAGCUGCAGCAUUAGCGUUGAAAGAGAUUUGCCGUUGACUGGAGUUUGCAUCCCCCCCUGUUAAUGAAUGGAUGCUACGGCGAUAGGCUCGGGACCUUCUUCCGUUGGAUUGCGGGAAACGGUGGAUAUCUAUUCUUGAAAUUUAUUUAUUUAUUUCUAUGCUCUCCAUUUUUUUCUCCCCACCCUCUCCUGGUGUGCUGUUGUCGAAAGGACGAUGGGGUCUUGUGCUUGAUCGGAUAAAGAUGGAGGUGAACGUGGCGUCUCCGGUGCUUGGCAUACUAUUGAGGUUUCAGUGCCCGUUAGGGUGAAUGGAGCCUAUUAUUUCUGUGUUUUUUUUUAAGUGGGCUCUUUUGUUUUCCGGGGAUCGGCCGAGCACUCCUGUGGUGAAUUGAGCUAUUGUCGAAGAUUGGGCCUCUUAAGCUUUGAAUAUUUGACCGUCCAUCCUUUCCCUCCCUUCCUUCCCCUGUUACCUUCCCCUCUAAAAGGAACAAGCGAAUCCCAAAACCUCCUCUGAAAUCUCUCCUCACCGUCCUCCUCACUUCCAAUGCCCCAUUUCCCUCAUCUCUACCCCUACCCCCCCCGCCUCUCUCCUGCUCCCUCCUCCCACAUCAGAGCGGCUACGUAAUGUGCCUCCCUACGCAUGCAAAUGGGGAUGCUACAAAUGGUGGCUGGGACUGAUGGCGAUGAAAGGGUGAUGCCUCGCGCAAUCACCUGCACCUCCACCGCCGCUGCCAUCGCUCCAGAUCUGCCUGGGAGAGCCCAGCAGCCGAUGACAACCCCCCUCAGUGCGAACACGGUCGUUUGUAGCCUUCUCGUGGAUGUAAAUGAGACGUGUGUAUGUGUGUGAAGGUGCACACUGGUUCCUGCCAUGUCUGGUGUGUGAUCGCUCUAGCGGGACGUUCUUACUGAUGCGGGGGAGGCACUGAGCCUGAGGUUGGUCGACCUCCCCCUGCACACCCCCCCUUUCCCACCUCCCUCCUUCCUUCCCCUUUCUCUCCCCCCUUCCACCAAGCCCCUAGGGGUGAAGGCCACCCGGUAAAGGGGUCACGAUGAAGAAGAACCGCAGCAGCAAUGUGCGGCGGGCCUGGCCCAGCUCAGAGCUCAGCGAGCGCCCGCUGGAGCACAAUCUCUCCCGUAGUGAGAAAGACAUCCGUGUGCAGAAGCAGCAUCUUCCUCCCCCUCCUGCUCCUCAUUUCUCUCCGUCCCCGCCAAGUUAUCGUGCGCCAGGUGACGUGUCUCCGAUCAGUAUGUCACCUAUCAGCCAGUCACAGUUCAUCCCGCUGGGAGAGAUCUUGUGCCUGGCCAUCUCUGCUAUGAACUCUGCCCACAAGCCUGUGAACCAGGAGGCUCUGGUGGAGCACCUCACUGCCAGCUUCCCAGGUGUGCCUACACCCAGCUCAGAGGUUCUGCGACAUACCCUGAACAUGCUGGUGCGAGAGAGGAAGAUCUACCCAACUCCAGAGGGCUACUUCAUCGUCACCCCCCAGACCUACUUUAUCACUCCGUCCCUCAUCAGAACCAACAACAAGUGGUAUCACCUGGAUGAUCGGCUGCAAGAGCGCUCACCGCUACUGUCACAGCAGCAGCAACAAAGUCAACAGCAACAACAGCAGCAGCAGCAACCUCAGCAAUGCACUUCACCUCCGUCUGGUAAUGUAACACCAUCUACACCUGGCUGCCUGAGAGAGAGGCCUCCUCGCAAGAAUCACAAUGACUCAUACAACUCCUAUCGUGAAGACUCGUCCAGACUUCACAGUACCAAGUCACCAAAGGAGCACAGGGGAGAUUCUUAUCAAAGUAAGCCGCCCAAGGAUCACAAGAGUGGGGAAACUCCACCAAGCACGUCAGCUAAGGAGCACCGAGGAGAACCGCCAUCAUACCCUCAUCCCCCUCCUCCCACUUCCCCUCCUGUCGUGCAACCGCCGCCUCAAGAGCCCGCUGAUAAGAGCAAAAGCAUCACUUCUUUUCCUUAUAAAACUGACACUCUCACCAAAAAGAAAGAAGGAAGUGGUGGCAGCAGCAGUGGCGAGAAGCAAUCCAAAAGGUUCGGUCUCAGGCUCUUCAGGCUGAGUUUCAAGAAGGACAAAAUGAGGCAGCUUGCCACCUUCUCAGCUCAGUUCCCCCCGGAGGAGUGGCCUCUUCGUGACGAGGAAGUGCCAACCACGGCCAUGCCCCGCGAGGUGGAGAUGGAGAUAAUCCGCAGAAUCAACCCCGAUCUAACUGUUGAGAACGUUGCAAGGCACACGGCUGUGAUGAAGAGGAUUGAGGAGGAGCGUUCGCAGAAGAACAAGGCGGGGUCUUCAGCCCACCACAGUGCACGCAGCAGGAGGGGGAGGGGCCACAGGAGGGCCACACAUGGUAAAUCCCGCUCACACAGCAAACCCAGAACCUCCAGGGGAGAUCCGUCCGAGGGUUCAAACUGGGACCUCUUGUUCAUGGAAAGGGAUUUCCGCUUCUUUAGCCACUCGUUAGUUCGCUCGCCUCGGGAGGCCAUGUACACCUUGGAGCGCAGGCGAAGUGGAGGCGCAACAUACCUGGUCCAUAGCAACCCCAACGUUACUGAAUCGUCCUGCCCUGUUACCCCUGAGUGGGACGUGUCCGGGGAGCUAGCCAAAAGACGGACGGAGAUGCCCUUCCCUGAGCCGUCGCGCGGGACGUGCCAGUCCAGAGUGCAGAGAAGUCACAGUCACAAUCAGGACAGGAAGUCGCGUCACGAGAGGUCAGAUCAAGCUAAGGAACGCUCUCGGUCCAUGGACAACUCCCUCAAGGUUCCAUCACUGGGGGUGCCAGAAGACUUUGAACCCACUCUGGAGGAGCGUAGUCAUUACUACACUGACGACGGCACCCUGCGCGCCACGCAGAAGUCCUCCCACUUCUCAAGGAUCAUGUUCUCUGCUGCUAAGUUCCACUCUGAUUUUAAUGUGCCUGAUUUGGGGAAAGGGAGUUUGGACGAGUCAAGGAUUCGGAGUACGAUGGAGAGGAACAAAAGCAGAGACAGCUUGCCAACGUACAAUGAGCUAAUGGGACUUUCUCCUAAGCCCUCAACAGAUGAGUACUUCCAGUGCAAUACGUCAAAUGAAACAAUCCUAACUGCCCCUUCGCCUCAGGCAAAAUCAGAAUAUGACACAUUAACCUCAUCAGGGGGACUCCGAAAGGGCUCUCCGGCUGACCGGCAAACGCCUCACCUCACCUCUCCUCACACGAUGGAGUACAAAGAGGACUUGUCGGCAGCAAAGGGACAGAAUGGCUCAGUGCGGCUGACGCCAAGCCAGACGCCAGAGCCGGCGCAAAAUGCCCGUUUGACGCCACACCAACACAAUGUAGAUCCCGGUGGGGGAGGCGGUGGUAUGUCGAUCAAGAGGAAAGAGAUCUUCAGCAAGGACACUUUGUUCAAACCUCCACACAAUGCCUUGUCCACAGGCUUCGUGGACAGCAGCUACACCAAGUCCGGCACAUUGCGGAAAGCCUCACAUGCCAAAUCAACAGAGGCCCUAGACAAUCCUGAGCCCCAGCAGCCUUCCAAUUCAGCCACUUCCUCAGCGUCACCGGCAGUUUUACAGAGCUGCUUAGAGCCAACAGUCCCCUCCGCCUCCUUUGACUAUUAUAAUGUAUCAGAUGAUGAAGAAGAGGAAGAGGCAGAGGAGGACUCGCACAAAGAGUUGGCGACGGCAGAGGACAACAAGGAUCAUGGGGAAGUGGGUGGUAACGGUGGAGGCAGUGGUGGUGGCGGGGAGGGGACCAUGCAGUGGCUCAUGGACCGGGAAAAGGAUCACGAUUUGCAGCGAAAACUGGAGACCAACCUGACCUUACUCAGCCCCAAGGAGACGGAGAACAGCAGCAGCCAGAAGUCGGCCCACUCUGCACGCUUGGACAGCAUGGACAGCAGCAGUGUCACGGUGGAUAGUGGAUUCAACUCCCCCAGGACACGUGAAAGCCUUGCAUCCAACACAUCCAGCAUUGUGGAAAGCAAUAGACGGCAUAAUCCAGCGCUGAGCCCCGGCCACAUCGGCACCAGUAGUAUCGGACUGCCUUUCAGCUUUCGCGCCAUCCCAGAGCCCCCCACCACACAGCCUGAGAAACUCCAGAAGUCAUCGAACUGCCUGGCCUCCAUCACCAGUGUCUGACAGCAGCACAGACUGAGACCAUGGACGGUGGUGGAGGACAGAGGAAGUGAGGGGCUUCACCAUUUUAGACCCUCACUUUCCUCAAUCAAUACACACACAUUCACAUAAACACACAUCUUCAGACUCCUGAGAAUCCAUUUACUGGGACUGUUACAAAAACAGGCAUGGCUUCAAGAGACUGUUCCCACAGCUUCAAGAACUUUACUGCAAAAAAGAGAAACUACAAGACCACUGAGGAAACCUACCUGAAGUACUUUGAUUUUUGGUGACAUGGACUCUAGUUUGGCUUAUAUCAAGAUUCUUGACUAUUGGUAUUGGAAAGUAGUAGACUAUAGGAUUCAAGUUACAUUUGGAAAUAUCAAAAAAACGUUUUAUAUUACUUAACAAUACAUGUCCAAUUAAAUGUUCUCCUUCCUGAAAUAGCGUCAAGUUCUUCAGGACGAUUCAAUGUAUCAGCACAAUGUCGAGACAAUAAAAGUUGAUCCUGAGAACAACGAAUGAAAGAUAUAAAAACAUAAAUCAGCUCAGAUUUGUGUACCGCAAUGCAAAUGAUGUAUGUAUACUCGAUACUUUUGAUAUCCUAAUUAUUAUAAUGGUGGUAUUAAAGAUGCUAUGUGACCAAAAAUGAUGUUUGGACAGAAUGAGCUCCACCUCACCCUCACAUGCACAACACACAAAAGAAAACUCACCAUGAGGUCCAUUUUUUGUCUUAUCUGGAGUUUUCAAUGAUAUCACAUAAUGUUCUUAAGGAAGCGGAGUUUGUCGAGAUCAUAAAAGUGUAAAUAUCAACCCCUACAAUUCCCUGAGCACUUUAAGGACUUGUGUGUCCAUGUUAAAGCAUACAAUGAGUUAUUGACCUCUAAAAAAGGUGACAAAACGUUCAAAGUAGAUUUGUAGCUGUUCUGAAGCUUUCAGUCAUAUCCCAUGAUCUUCCUCUGGAGAUCCGUCUCAUCACAGUUGGAAAUUCUGAGAUUUUUGGAAGGCUUUUAAUUUCAAAACAGCACAAACAUGGGGCGUUGUGUGAACAGAAUGAGAAUACUUUUUUACAGCAGGUUCUACAACAUGCAAACUAAAAAUGUUCAGUUCAUCAUAUUGACUCGGCGGCUGUUGUGAAUUUGAGUUAAAAUGUCUAAAUGGUCAGAUAAAGCUGAUUUUAUUUUUCUACUAAGAAAAGAGCUCCUUAUAUACUGAUGACACUGGGGUCUGUGCAUUGCCUAGAGUAACCAAGAUAUUCGUUCUAAGGAUUAAUCAUUUUAGAGCUGGUAUGAUAAGUCGAUAGACAGAAAAUAAAUAAGCAACUACUUUAAUAAUGCAUUAAUAGUUUGAAUCAUGUUUCACCAAUGUCCUGGUGAACCUGCUGCUUUUCUUUGUCUUAUAUGAAAGGACCAUAUUUGCUCUUUGAACUGACAAAGAAGGAAAUUUGAAUAUGUAACCUGGGGCUAAGGGAAAUGUGAUUGGCCUUUUCUUCAUCAGGUUAGGGGCAAAAACAAUGACUCAAUUUAUUGUAAAAAUACCUAGCACAUUAAUGACAACAAUUGUUAGUUGCACCCCUAAAUAAUUGUGUACUUACUCAGUGAAAGUCUAUAAAAAGUCUCAGGAUGAAUCCACUAAUCAAACACGAGUCCAUGAAGUUUGCCUUUUGUUCAUGUCAUUUUUCAAUGGUUUGUGCAGCACAAACAAUAUUUGACUUCAUUGAAAUAAGAUGGUAUAAGUCAUAGUUGUCUUGAUCACAUAACCUGCUGUUUUUUUCUUUUAAGUUGGUUCAAUUGUUCCUUAAGGUUGGUCGUCAUAGACUGCAGAUGGACCCGAGAGAGUCAGACAAUUUGUGAAACUACAUGCACAGUUAACUAGUAUGAUGUUAUUUCAACAUGAAUAUACAACAUGAUGCUCUCAUCAAAAAAAGUCCAAAUUAAAAGUAUUAUUUCUCAUUUAAAAAAACAUUUAUGAGUUUUACACAUAUUUGAUCAACAUUUCGUUUUCAUCUCAGAGAAACUCAUGCUGUCAUUUAAAAUCUUCAACCAUUCCUUGUAAGUAAAAUGACAAAAGACACCAUCAUUUGAUCCAUUUCAGAGCAACUUUAAAAAGCUUGAACAGAGCGCCCUCUAGUGGUCCUCUGGCUGUAUAUCAGCACGUGGCUAUGUGUGGUUGCACCCGGUUGCAUAAAAGUGUGACACCUGAAGCUCGUCUAACUGAUCCUAUAAAGGUAAGUCGUGGCUUAUCCAUAACAUCUUAAAAUGGGUCAAACAUAGAUCUUAAUCUAUGUAGAUCAACGAACAUAUUGUUGUCAAUGUGUCUAAAAAAUAUUAUGAGCCUUGAUGUAGUUUUUACAUUUUGUAAACAUUUGAAAAUUACACUUUUCUUUUACAUUUUGAAAGUUUUUUUUUCAUUUUGAAAGUCAUUCUUCAUAACGAUCCUUCUUUAAAAUACAAUUAAUUUAAAUAUUGGAUAAUGUGUUCAUCCCAUAGACUAGUAAAUUAGUAGUGUACACUUUUAAACUAAAGGCCUAUUUAUUCUGGCUGGCUUGUGAAUUUAACCAAUAAAUUAAUACAUUUGAUCUCAACACAUGAA